AUGAUUUACAAGUUUCCUCUUGAAGUACAAAAAUGGAUAAUUGAUAAGAAACUUCCACCUGAUGGUGAUACAUUAUAUCAACAUAGAAUUCGUGGCACAGGUCAUACAGCAUAUGUUUAUUUAAUGAGUGCCAAAUCUGUUAACUUAACAACAGACAGACAUCAACAGCAAUUUGCUACAGUUGCAAGUCUGCAGUCUUCUGAACUUUCAUUAAAUACUUAUGAACCGAUUGAAACAGUGAAACACUUAAGACACCCAGGUCCAUCUGUUCAGCUAUCAAGAAAUCCUGGUCAAUCUAACAUCCCUCCACCAAAAUUACCUAAACCUGCUAGGAGUAUAAAGAGUGAAGAACCAAUUGGAUGGAUUUGUCACGAAUGUACGUAUAUUAAUAUACCCACCAGACCAGGCUGCGAGAUAUGUUCAGCAGAUAGACCUAUUGAUUAUACUAUACCUACUGAAUAUGUUUUGCCUAAUGAAGAAAUAGAGAGAAUUCGCAGAGAGGAAGAAAUUGAACGAGAAAUGCGACAGAGAGCAGAAGAGGAGAGAAGUGAACAUUUAGCAGCCUUACUACAAACAGAUGAUAUAGAUUUGAUAACUAAUAAUGAAGAAUUUGAUUGUCCUAUAUGUUUUGACAUUAUACCAAUUGGAGCUGGUGUAGUUCUGAGAGAAUGUCUUCACAUGUUUUGUAGACUAUGUUUAAUGGGAGCAGUACAACAUUCAGAAGAAGCUGAAUUACGAUGUCCAUACCAAGAUGAAAAGUAUACUUGUGAAUCAAGUAUACAAGAGAGAGAAAUAAGAGCUUUAGUGAAUAAGGAUUUAUACCAACAAAUAUUACAUAGAAGUCUAGUAACAGCUGAAAGUCAAGAAAUACACAGUUAUCACUGUGCUACCACUGAUUGUGUGGGCUGGUGUAUUUAUGAAGAUUUAGUAAAUUUUUUUGAAUGUCCUGUAUGUAAGAAAGAAAAUUGUUUAACUUGUAAAGCUAUUCAUGAAGGAAUGAAUUGUAAACAAUAUCAAGAGGACAUCAAAUUAAAAGCAGCCAAUGAUACAUCUAUUAGAAGAACUAAAGAAUAUCUUGAUUUAAUGGUAGAACAAGGCAAUGCUAUGUUAUGUCCACAAUGUCAGAUUAUAGUUAUGAAGAAAGAUGGAUGUGAUUGGAUUAAGUGUUCAGUGUGUAAAACUGAAAUCUGUUGGGUAACUAAAGGAAGAAGAUGGGGCCCGAGGGGAGAAGGAGACAUCAGUGAUGGAUGUAAAUGUGGUGUUAAUAAUAUUAAAUGUCAUGUUAAUUGUGGAAAUUGCCACUGA